AAAAACACGUGCUCUUUGUUGCGUCAUCAGCUGUUUAUGUGUGUCACUCCCUGCUGCCUCAUAACGGUACCUGUUUUCACCUUAUUUCAGGUCACCACGCCCUCCUAUGACCCCGCCCCAUUGGGCAGAGAGGCAGCGGCAGGAUGUCCCACCCGGCACUGACACACCUGGAGGCGGCAGUGCGCAUCAAACAGCUUUGUGGGCAGGGUGACACGCUGGUGGUGGACAGCAAGAUACCACUGAGGAGAUAUUUCCGUUCAGGCCAGGAGAUGGUCAGAAUGGCACUUGUUUACGAAGAGGAGGGUAGCCUGGAGAACGCCUUUAUCCUCUACAUGAAAUUUAUGACUUUAUUCAUCGAGAAGAUCCGAACACACCCUGAGUACUCCAGUCACUCCUCGGCAGACAAGACAGCGAGUAACAAGCGCGUCAAGGAAAUUCUACCAGUGGCUGAGCGGUUGAAGAGCCAGUUAAGGGAGAAAUACCAGAAGGAAUAUAACUUGGCUUUACAAGAGUUGCUGAAGGCGGAGAGGGAGGCAAGAGAGAGACAGGAACAGGAGGAGGAACAGCGGCAAAGAACACUCCAGCAAGCGACACAGAGGAAGAGAGAAGCAGAGGAGGAGGAGAGAAUAGAGGAGGAAAAAAUACAAGAAUUACAGGAACUACAACUAAGAAGGCGGUGGGAUGAGGGACAGGAGGCACCCCCAUCGUAUAACUCCCUUGGUACUAUUGCAUAUCCCCUGGACCAGCUGACCCUCGAUGACCUGUCGCCGCCAGUGCCACCAUCUGCGCCACACAUGCCCCCGCGUGACCUCAAACCAAUGACGACUGGAGUUCCGCAGGUGGACCGCAGCAGCAAACCCACGUCAUUGAUGGGGGCCAAGAGUGGGGGGCUGCGGGAGGUACGGGUGCCCACUCAGCUUAUGCCUAACUUCAUGUCCUUGGCACACAGCAACACCGCUCGUAAUGUUGAGACGUGUGGCGUGCUGGCAGGACAUCUGACUCAACACAAGCUGCUGGUAACACAUCUGCUGGUGCCCAAGCAGUGUGGGACGUCGGACUCCUGCACCACACAACAAGAGGAGGAGCUGUUCGACCACCAAGACAAGCUGGACCUUAUCACCAUUGGCUGGAUUCAUACACACCCCAGCCAGACAGCCUUCCUCUCCAGCGUGGACCUACACACCCACUGCUCCUACCAGCUGAUGAUGCCAGAAGCUAUCGCAAUAGUGUGUGCUCCAAAAUAUAAAGAAACCGGGUUCUUUACGUUGAGUCCUCACCACGGUCUGCCUUUCAUAGCCUCCUGUCAGCAGAGCGGCUUUCACCCACACCCUAAGGAACCCCCGCUGUUUCAGAAUGCAGAUCACGUAAUUCUCGACAACUCUCUGUCCAUUAAGGUGAUAGAUCUUAGGAACUCUUAAUUCACCCACCAGCAACUCACCCUGCACAGCCUUCAGGGGGGGAGGAGCUGGCUGACGGAAGAGAGAUGUGCUCUGUCUGACUAAGUUUGUGUAUGGUGGUGAAAUAAAAACACUACUACUACUACUACUACUACAAGAUACGGAACACAACACAAGAUAGAAGGAAAUAUGUUGAUGAAUGAAGAACCAGCAAGAGAGAGAGAGACUAAGUUUGUGUAUGGUGGUGGAAUAAAAACACUACUACUACUACUACUACAAGAUACGGAACACAACACAAGAUAGAAGGAAAUAUGUUGAUGAACGAAGAACCAGCAAGAGAGAGAGAGACUAAGUUUGUGUAUGGUGGUGAAAUAAAAACACUACUACUACUACUACUACUACAAGAUACGGAACACAACACAAGAUAGAAGGAAAUAUGUUGAUGAACGAAGAACCUGCAAGAGAGAGAGAGACUAAGUUUGUGUAUGGUGGUGAAAUAAAAACACUACUACUACUACUACUACAAGAUACGGAACACAACACAAGAUAGAAGGAAAUAUGUUGAUGAAUGAAGAACCAGCAAGAGAGAGAGAGACUAAGUUUGUGUAUGGUGGUGAAAUAAAAACACUACUACUACUACUACUACUACAAGAUACGGAACACAACACAAGAUAGAAGGAAAUAUGUUGAUGAACGAAGAACCAGCAAGAGAGAGAGAGAAAGCAUCAAUCUUGCGGUGUUACCAUGUUCGUCUGGCUCUGUGUCCGCCUCUACCAGUCACCACCACACUGACACACCACUGCACCAACUGCCGGCCAUCACUCGAGUCACACUCUAGGGGGUAUUGUACAGUGUGUCGAGAGGUGGUGUCACUAAUACAACAGCAACAAGCAAGACCCGUGAAUUAAUGCGACGUGUUUGGGUUCCCUUGUCAUGUUCGUAAUUCUUGGUUUGGUUGGGUUUUUGAGCGUAAAGUCUGUGGUUUAAUUCUUUCUUUGUUUUUCAGUUUGUCGGUUACCAUGUGCUUUCUUCCUGUCGUCUCAUUCGUAAUUCUUGGUUUUGUUGGGUUUUUGAGACGUAAUGUUUGUGAUGUAGCUUUCUCUUUGUUCGUCUUAAUUCAACGCAACACAAGUCAGUACUUCUCACUUCCUUCCUCUUGUCUCAUUCGUAAUUCUUCGUUUCGUUGAGUUUUUUAGGCGUAAAGUUUGUGGUUUAAUUCUCUCUUUGUUGUUCAGCUUGUCUUAAUUCAACACAACACUAGUCAGUACUUCUCACUUCCUUCCUCUUGUCUCAUUCGUAAUUCUUGGUUUCGUUAAUUUUUUUAGACGUAAAGUUUGUGGUUUAAUUCUCUCUUUGUUGUUCAGCUUGUCUUAAUUCAACACAACACUAGUCAGUACUUCUCACUUCCUUCCUCUUGUCUCAUUCGUAAUUCUUGGUUUCGUUGAGUUUUUUAGACGUAAAGUUUGUGGGUUAAUUCUCUUUGUUGUUCAGCUUGUCUUAAUUCAACACAACACUAGUCAAUACUGCACUAUUUCUUCCUCUUGUCUCAUUCGUAAUUCUUGGUUUCGUUGGGUUUUUUAGACGUAAAGUUUGUGAUGAAAGUCUCUCAUUGUUAAUCAGUUUGUCUUAAUGUACCACACAACACACCAGUUUAUCAGUACCACCAUUUCUUUCUCCCUGUCACAUUCGUAAUUCUGGUUUCCAUCGAAUUUCCGAGACGUAAAAUUUUUAGUGACAGCCUAACUGCUAUUAAAUACUAAGUCUUCUUGUUUUUCAGGAAUCUAAUACUUCCAUACACACACACACACACACACACACACACACACACACACACACACACACACACACACACACACACACACCUUUCUGUAAUAAGUAAAUGGUUACACACUGACUGAAAAUGCAAAAAAAUAAUCUAUUCUUUAUUGGGUGUUUAGCAAAGAUUUUACAUGGAUUUAAUUGUUGUGUUGUUCCUUUAGUGUAAGUUUUAAUUUUUUAGAUGAAAAUUUUGACUUAAUCAAUAAAUACAUUGGGUUAGUUUAUUUAUUUAUUUUUGUAAUGUUCGCUGUUUUGAUGAGAAAUCUUGGAAUAUUUAUUGUUCGUAUGAGAAAUUUUGAAAUAUUUACUGUUCAUUCGAGAAAUUUUCAAAUAUUCAUUGUUCAUAUGAAAUAUUUUGAAAUAUUAACUUCUGACGAGAAAUUUUGAAAUAUUCACUGUUAAUAUGAGAAAUUUUGAAAUAUUUACUGUUCAUAUGAGAAAUUUUGAAAUAUUUACUGUUCUUAUGAGAAAUUUUGGAAUAUUCACUGUUCUGACGAGAAAUUUUGGAAUAUUUACUGGUUAGAGGAGGGAAUGACAGUGUUGCAUUGUGAUACGACUCCUGAGACACACUGUACAUCAUAUCCUUUAUUUACAAGGUGGCAAUGUUGCAUAGUGACACAACUUCUGACACACACUGUACGUCGCAUCUUUUGUUUCGACGUGGAAAAGAAAGUACGUUACGAAGAAAUUGUUUAUAUUUUGUAAUGGUUUAUAUAUGUAUCGCUUAGUUUAUAUAUAUACACUACACUACAAUAUAUAUGUGAUUAUUAGCAUAGUGUUUAUUUUGUUUUGAAUAUUGUGUUGUUAUUUCUCUCUCUCUCUCUCUCUCUCUCUCUCUCUCUCUCUCUCUCUCUCUCUCUCUCUCUCUCUCUCUCUCUCUCUCUCUCGUUAGUUCUUUCUUUCUUCAUUGCUUCCUUAUUUUUUUUCUCCCCCUCCUUUUCUCAUUUUCUUCCUUGUCUCUCUUUCUCAUUUCCUCCUUUUUUCAUCUCUCUCUCUCUCUUUCUCUUUCUCUUUCUCUCUGUCACCAUCUUGUUUCUCAGUUUAAUAUUUAGUGUUUUUCUUUUUUAUGUGUUUUUCUCUCUCUCUCUCUCUCCAUCUCUCUCCGUCAUUAUUUUUUCACUAUUCAAUUUUUCUUUUCAGUUUCUCUCCAUUUCCCCUUCCUUUAAUUUUUUUUUUGUAGUGUUUUAUUUUUUUCCUGUUAAUUUUUCUCUCAAUCUUUGUCUUCUUUUUUUUCUUUUUCUCUCUCAUUUUCUCCUUUUUUUUAAUAUUUCUCUCUCCACCUUUCAGUCUCCAGUAAGUUCCUCUCUUUCUUUCAAUUUCUCUCUCCAUCAUCCAAUCCAUCACUGUUCUCUCGUUUCUCUCUCUAUAUUUUCCUAUUACAUCUCUUCACACACACGUUAGCAAUGUUUACGCUUUACGCCUUCCAAUGUGCCUAGUAAUGUCUUGGUUACGUCUCAGUAAAACGUAAGAAUUAAGCUGAUUUGGCUGGCAUUGUCUUGGUUACGUCUCAGUAAAACGUAAGAAUUAAGCUGAUUUGGCUGGCGUUGUCUUGGUUACGUCCCAGGAAAGCGUAAAAGAUUAGGGUGAUAUUUCUAUGUACUGUCAUCUGCUACGUUACAACAAUGGUAUUUUGAUAGACUUUGAAGCACUGUAGAUUAAAAACUUUAUUAAGCUUUGGAGGUGAAGAAAUAUUUAUAGGUUCGUGACUGAAAGCUUUGAAAACUCAAUAGGCUAAACAGAAAAACAGUAAUAAGCUUUUUGCAAGAGUAAGAAAAAAAAUAAUGUAAGUUUUGAAAAUAAUGUACACCAAAAAUAAUCAUAGUAAAUUUUGGAAGUGAAGAAAAUUAACAGGACUGAUUAAAAGCUUUGAAAUUACCAUACGUUGAAAAAACAAGAUUUGCAAAAGAGAAAAAAUAAUAAUAAAGUGAUUCAAAGCUUUCAAAACAAUAAAAAAAGAAAAGCAUUUGAACUGAGAGAGAGAGAGAGAGAGAGAGAGAGAGAGAGAGAGAGAGAGAGAGAGAGAGAGAGAGAGAGACCGGUGAUUAAAAAGCUCAGAAAACACCAUAAAUAAGAAACAUUAAGUUUUGGAAAUGAGAGAAAAAAAAAAAAAAAUGAACAUACCAACGAUUAAAAGCUCAGAAAACAGAUAAAAAAAAAAGUGAAUAAGAAGCUUUAGAAUUGAGAAAAGUCAACUGAGAGAGAGAGAGAGAGAGAGAGAGAGAGAGAGAGAGAGAAACCGGUGAUAAAAAAAGCCCAGAAAACACCAUAGCUAAAAACAUAAACCAAUAACAAUCUUUCAAGUUGAGAAUAAUGAAAUCCCAACAAUGAAAAAGCCUUGAAAACAACACAUCAAAAGAACCAUAACUUAGAAACACAAGAAAACAUGACAGCGGCGUAAACAAAGUGACACACGAGGGCCGCGCGGCAUAUUUACGUGACGCUUGGCCUUUGUGUAUCAUCGUACAGUCUCACCCUUCUGCCUUUUAGUUGCUUCUACGUAUCUGAAUCUGUUAACUUGUGCAAAUAUACACACUUUAUAAAU